AUGAAUUCGCUCGAGGCUUUGGUCAUUUUGGAUUUAGCAUCCAACUCGAUUGGAGAUAAAGAGGCUCUGGCACUGUCAGAGGCACUCAAGACUAACACCAGUCUGACCAAUUUGGACUUGAGUUACAACUCAAUUGGGAAUGAAGGAGCUCUGGCACUGUCAGAGGCACUCAAGACAAACACGGCCUUGACUAAAUUGAUCUUAUGGAACAACUCAAUUGGGAAGGAAGGAGCUCUAGCGCUGUCAGAGGCACUCAAGACAAACACCAGUCUGACCAAUUUGAACUUGUACAACAACUCAAUUGGGGAUGAAGGAGCUCUGGCACUGUCAGAGGCACUCAAGUCAAACACCAGUCUGAUCAAUUUGGACUUGAGGGACAAUUCAAUUGGAAAUGAAGGAGCUCUGGCACUGUCAGAGGCACUCAAAACAAACAUCAGUCUGACCAAUUUGGACUUGAGUCACAACUCAAUUGGGAAAGAAGGCGCUCUGGCACUAUCAGAGGCAUUCAAAACAAAGACCAAUCUGGACUUGAGUCACAACUCAAUUGGGAAUGAAGGAGCUCUGGCGCUGUCAGAGGCACUCCAGACAAACACCAGUCUGAUCAAUUGGAACUUGAGUUACAACUCAAUUGGGAAAGAAGGAGCUCUGGCGCUCUCAGAAGCGUCCAAGAAAAACAUGACCUUGAAUGUUCUUGUAUGGGAAGCGCCUUAAUCGAUUUGCAAAGAACUCUGAGGACCUUUAGCCAAAAGCUUUAUACAAAUGGUCGUAAAAUAGAUGCGCUGAAUGGGUGAUCUCAUUG